UUUAUAUGAAGGGCUGUUAUUUUAAUCAGCUGAUGAAUCAGACAACUGAUACCAAGAAAGUUCCAGAAAGUAAAUCCAAGAUCCGAUCAAAAGAGGAAACAUCAAUUGUGGAGAAGGAGAAUCACCGAGUUAAACCAGAGAAAGGAGCAGAAAGCAAUACCCAGCUGGACUCUCAAAUUGUACAUGUGCUGCAGAAAAGAAAGAGGUUGAAACCUGAUAAAAGCACAACACCGGGGAUGCUGCAGAGCACGAGAAAGAAAACAAGGAACAGUCACAGGUCUCCAGAAGAACAUAUUUCUGGGAGAAAAAAAAGAACCAUGAUUGAACCAGGAACUGAGAACCACACAGAGCCUGAUAUCUGGUUUGACGAUGUUGAUCCAGAUGAUAUAGAAGCUGCAAUGGGACCUGAAGCUGCAAGUGUUGCUCGGCAGCAGAUAGCACAAACAACAGGAAAGCCACACUCUGCAGUACACAGCUUGGAAAAGGUGCUGGUUAAAGAUGGAGCCUUCCAGGGACUCACCAAAGCUGUGGCAAUGGACUGUGAGAUGGUUGGUGUGGGUUCAGAUAAAGUGGACAGCAUUCUUGCACGUGUAUCCAUUGUGAACCAAUUUGGAAAAUGCAUUUACGACAAAUAUGUGAAACCAACAGAAAAAGUGACAGAUUACAGGACCUGGGUUAGCGGAAUACGACCAACUGACUUGAAGAAUGGUGAAGACUUCAAAGUUGUGCAGAGGGAGGUUGCAGAAAUCUUGGAAGGCAGAGUGUUAGUUGGUCAUGCUGUCCACAAUGAUCUCAAGAUUCUGUUCCUGGACCAUCCAAAGAAGAAAAUUCGUGACACACAGAAAUACAAACCUUUCAAAACAGUUGUCAGAUGUGGCCGCCCUUCCCUCAAGCACUUGUGUAGACAGAUCCUAAAGGUCAAAGUUCAGGAGUCUGAACAUUCCUCGGUACAAGAUGCUCAGGCAACAAUGAGACUUUAUACACUGGUGAGGCAGAAGUGGGAGGCAGAGGUGAAGGCAAAGUACAGAACAAAAAAAAUAAGUUGCAACAGUGGAGAAACCAAACCUUGAAGCUAAAUGUGAGAGACUUGUCAGAAAGUAACACUGAGCGAACAGUGAUGCUAAUCCCCAGUCCCCUCCACCCAGAGCCAGGUGAUUUGUGAAAGGUCUGCUCUCUCAUCAACAUGACAGUUUGACAGAUGAAGACUCUGGUGUGAGGUGGCAAUUGUAUUUUUGCUGUGACUGCUGUCAGUUGAGUAAUGUAGCACACUAGCUAGAUGGUGUUCAGCAAGCUGACUGUUCACUGGUAACACCAUGCAUAUGGGUGUUUUCAUACAGUAAUUGACCCUGUACCAGAAUGUGGACUGAAUUAGGUUGGAGUUACUUCUCUUCUUGUUUGAAUUUUAACUUGUAAAAUCUGUACUUGUUGUUCUAGCUCUAAUGAUUUACAAAAAUAAAAUGUCUACAGAAUUUUCACUGAA